UGGCUACUUUCUGUUCUGUGGCAGUAUGCAACAAUUAUUAUUAAUAUAUUAGUUGCAGAAUUCAGAAUUCCUACUAGUUUUCAAUUCAUGAGUUAUCUAAUUUAUUAGUUUAUUCUUGGUUUUGAUUAAGGUUUCUACGAUAUCAACUUCUCAAAAUUUACGGUAUUCCAAUAAUUUGCUUAAUAAAUCAUGUUUAUUCAAUGUAACUAACCUAAAAAAAUUAUCAAUUCAUUAAAUCACAGGACAGGACAGUACAUGAUGUUUGCUGCAGAAUCUGGGUUACCAACAAAUUAUUCAUCAAUAUAUGUUUAUGUUUGCUGAAAAUACAACAAAAAAUUCACCAAGAUGAAUGAUAAACGGAUGACAAACAGUUUUAAAAGCUAUGUGGAACUGGACGAUGAGUCGUUCAGUACAAGUAUGGAAGAUUCGUUUUGUGAUAACCUUAGCCCAAGGAUACUUCCAGGAGAAAUGGUUAUAGCCGAAGCCAAUUAUGUGUUGAUGUUUGCGCCGGUUAGUCAGCAUAAACAUGGAAAAUCAGGAACGUUGACAGUUACCAAUUUCAAAUUAUCUUUCGUGACAGCUGAUGAUAAACAAAAAGAGGACAUGAUAAGCCAGGAAAAUCUCCUGCUGGGUGAGAACGAUGUGUGCCUUUCCAAUGUGGACGUUCUCUAUUUAGUCGGCGACAAGAAAAAACGUUUGAUACCGGGUAAAAAUAUCUCAGAACGGGUCAAAGGACUGCAUGUGGUUUGUAAGAAUAUGAGAACGAUGACCUUCAGCUUUAAGUUUUCUCCAGUGGGUCAUGGAAAAACGCUGACCAAUGCGUUAUUGCAUCAUGCCUUUCCCAGACGUCACCAGCUGCUGUAUGCCUACGAUUUCAGCCAGCUCAUGAAAAAUGCCAAGAGAGACACCAGCAUGUUCCGGGAGGCGGGGGAGUGGGGGAGAGAGUUGGCGCGCACCGGCUGUGUGGGCUGGAGGCUCACUGGAGUCAACCAUGACUUUCAACUCUCCAACAGUUUGCCGCAGUGGUUAGUGGUGCCGUCCAGCGUGCUCGAUUGGCAACUGAGCGAAGCGGCGCGUCACUUCCGGUUGGGGCGCGCCCCCCUCUGGUGCUGGUCCAACGCCCACGGCGCAGCUUUAGUGCGCAUGGCCGAUCUCCUCCCCACCAUCACUGAUCGAGUGAAAGAGAACAUCAUGCUAGAAACGGUACGCAAGAGUCAUCCUCUACUCAGUACGCCCGUUGUGAUGGAACUCAGCAAGUCACUUCCUUCCACCAAAGACAUACAGACGAGUUUCCUCAAGCUCAGAGAACUGUGCGCGCCCGAGAGCGAGAAACAGUUUUGGGUACAGGACAACAACUUUCUGUCGCUAAUGGAGAACACAAGAUGGCUGCACACGGUCUCUGCAUGUCUGUCGAAGGCUGUCGAAACGUCCAGAUUGCUUCAUAGGGACAUCACGGUUGUUCUGCAAGAGGCGGACGGCAGAGAUUUGUGUCCACUGAUUGGCAGUUUGGUGCAGCUGAUGUUGGAUCCGCACCUGCGCACAAUACAGGGCUUUCAGUCACUGGUGCAGCGGGAAUGGGUCAUCAUGGGACACCCUUUCUGCACCCGACUGGGUCACGUCUACAGCACUGAUGGAGAACAGAGUCCGGUAUUCCUGGUGUUUCUAGACUGUGUGUGGCAGCUGUUGCAGCAAUUCCCGACCGAAUUCCAGAUGAGCGAAACCUACCUGACAACGCUGUGGGACUCUGUCUUCUUUUCUACGUUCGACACUUUCCUGUUCGACUGUGAACGAGAUCGACUGCUGGCUGCAGCUGAGCCUAAUAACCCACUAACCCUACGCCCGGUGUGGGACUGGGGCGAGCAGUUCUUAGACCGCGACGUGAUGCUGUUCUCCAACCCUCUCUACGUGCACCCCCCCACAUCUGCCACACCAGUUCCGCUUCCGGCCAGCUCGCGACUGCCGGUUUUGCAGCUGUGGAGUCAGUGUUAUUUCCGGUUCAUUCCGCUGCUAGAGAUUGUUGGCGGUGGGAAUCCGCAGAUUGAUCUGAGCAGCCGUCUCUUGCUAUCGCAGAUUGACACCAUUGAAGAGACAUCAGAGGCAGCUGGAGGAGUCGGAGGAGGAGGUGUGGGUCCUCCUCCCCAGGCCCCCCUGGAGUCCCUCAGCAAGAUCGGCUCCUUUUUCCCGUUCAGUCGCCGUUCAGACGGCGGUCACGUGUCGGCUGCUCUACUCGUCAGUUCUCUUUCACUCAAUCAGAGUUUCCAUUCCACCGAAAUCAUGCUAGACUCGCAGUCCAUAUUGAACGCUCCUGACUAAUUUAUCUAUUUAUUUAUUUAUUUCUGUUAUCUAUCUACUUACUGGUACCUUAAGAGUAUAUCUAUCAUAAGAUGCUUAUAGACCUAUGCCCCACGAGCAAGCGCAUUCCGCACUUCAUCAGCUGAUGUCCAGCUUAUUAUAACAGUUAUAAUAAGUGUAUACCUACCAUAACCAAGGUCUAUAAAUACAGGUCAUGACACAAUCCCGUGAUGCAUUGCAAAAUCGCCAUUUUAUGGGGUCCUAGUUCACCAAUUUUCAAAUUUACCAGCUGUUAUCGUUAUGGAUUGAACAACAUGAUGUGUUAUUUUGUAAUAUUGUUCAAGGAAUAUUGCUUGGCUUUGAAUUGUAAAAUAAAUUGUUCCGACAGAAUAAUAAUAUUCAGAUUCCAACUAGGAACUGAAUUGUUGAUUUUUAGAUAUAAUUGAUCGGGAACUUGAAACUCUUUUUGACAUUGGCCUCGCAUAUUUCUGUCUUGUCCCAAUGCCUUUUGAAUCAUAAUCCUUGAGUUACAAGAAUAAGAACAAUUUUUAAUGAUAAAUGAAUAAAUGAAUUAUUGAAGCAUUUAUUAUUGAAAUGUCAUUAUUAAAAAUUGAAAACCUGAAUUC